UUGAAAAAUCGGUUCCUUUAAUGCAACGGCUAUUUCGUCACUGCUCAGUGCUGGCUCUCUUCGCCGGAGAGGAGAAACCAUCCAUCGUCCAUGAAGUCCAUCUUCCCCAGGCGCAUUGGGAGCGUUUCACCUUAUGAAGCCCUAACCCGAUCCUCUCAUAAGCAGAGAACGCCCAGCUUCCCGAAGGAAAACAUCGAUCCUAACACCAUGCCGCCGGAAUCCGCUCAUUUCAAGUCGCCGACGACGUCCGGGAAGUCUCCCGCACCUCAAAACCGGAGUCCGCUUCCCCCUAGGCCUCCUCCUUCCUCAAAUCGUCCUAAGCGGAAGCUGAGCUUGGAAACCCUAACUGAAUACGGGUGUACAGAUUGCGGCGUGCAGGUCAUAGUGCGCAUGAGACCGCUUAGCAGGGAAGAAGAGGGGGUUCGCAUCGUGCAAAAGACUUCCCCCAUUUCCAUUUCAGUUAUGGACCACAACUUCACUUUUGAUUCAGUGGCUGAUGAAGUGUCGACUCAGCAUGAUAUAUUCGAACUAGUUGGGCUUCCCUUAGUGGAGAAUUGCUUGGCCGGCUUCAAUAGCUCUAUAUUUGCUUAUGGGCAGACUGGAAGUGGGAAGACAUACACCAUGUGGGGAGCUCCAAAUUCACUGAUGGCGGAUUGCACGUUGAACCAAGAGAGGGGAUUGACUCCUCGAGUUUUUGAACAGCUCUUCUUUCGCAUAAAUGAGGAACAGACAAAGCAUUCAGAUAAGCAACUACAUUUCCAAUGCCACUGUUCCUUUCUAGAAAUUUACAACGAGCAAAUAACCGACUUGUUGGAGCCGACACACAAGAAUCUGCAGAUAAGAGAGGAUGUCAAAACUGGAAUCUAUGUUGAUUGUUUAAAGAAGGAGUAUGUCUCCACAACGAAUGAUGUCAUUCAAUUGUUGAUAAGGGGAUUGGCAAAUAGAAGGAUAGGGGCAACAAGCAUUAAUAUAGAGAGUUCACGUUCACAUUGCGUUUUCACUUGUAUUGUUGAUUGUCGGUCUAAGAACAUGACUAAUGGUCUUAUUAGCUUAAGAACCAGUAGAAUCAACCUUGUCGACCUAGCUGGAUCUGAAAGACAAAAGGCUACUGGUGCUGCAGGUGAGCGCUUAAAAGAAGCUGGCAGUAUCAAUCGUUCCCUCUCCCAACUCGGGAACUUGAUUAACAUUCUGGCUGAAGUCUCACAAUCUGGGAAACAUCGUCAUAUACCCUACAGAGAUUCUAGGCUGACAUUUUUAUUGCAGGAAUCUCUAGGUGGAAAUGCAAAACUUGCUAUGAUAUGUAAUGUUUCACCAUCCAACAGUUGCAAGAGCGAAACUUUAAGUACCCUGAGAUUUGCUCAACGAGCUAAGGAAAUAAGGAAUAAGGCAACUGUAAACGAAACAACAGAGGAUGAUGCUAAUGUCCUGCGAGAGCAGAUACAACAGCUGAAAGAUGAACUUCUUAGAAUGAAGUCAAAUGGUAAGUCUGAAGAAAAUAAUGGAAGUUGUUCUAGUGGAUGGAAUGUCCGUCGAAGUUUGAGCCUUUUAAGAUUUAGUCUAUGCCGUCCAAGAACAUUGCCCGUUGAAGAUGACAGUGAUGAAGAAAUGGAAAUUGUUGAGGAAGGUGUUGAGAACUCUGGCACAGAGGCUAAUUCGCCUACUGUCGAUGGGGAUAAUAGUAAUGUGAAGGAGGAACUAACUAAAUUUGAGAGUUUUAAUGAACAAAAUCCCUGUUAUUUAGAUAAGGAAACAUCAUCAGGUGAUGCAUGCUUCAAGAAAAUACCUGGUCCUGGCUCUGAGUGUCACCAAGAUAGUGAGUGUAGGCAUUGCAAUGAGGAUCAUGAAGAAAUAAAAGAAUUGGCUUUCCCCACACCCGCUCUUUGCAUGAACGAGCAAAUUAAGGAUGAAUGCUUCAAGAAAAUACCUGGUCCUGGCUCUGAGUGUCACCAAGAUAGUGAGUGUAGGCAUUGCAAUGAGGAUCAUGAAGAAAUAAAAGAUAUGGCUUUCCCCACACCUGCUCUUUGCACGAACGAGCAAAUUAAGGAUGAAGAUGAACCAAAAAUGAUUCCUGCUAAGAGAAAAUCUUUGGCUGGAGAUCAUGAUGAAAUAACCGAGGGAUCCUCUUUAAUUGUCAAGGAGGAACUAACUAAAUUUGAAAGUUUUAAUGAGCAAAAUCCCUGUUAUUUAGAUAAGGAAACUUCAUCAGGUGAUGUAUGCUUCAAAAAAAUACCUGGUCCUGGCUCUGAGUGUCACCAAGAUAGUGAGUGUAGGCAUUGCAGUGAGGAUCAUGAAGAAAUAAAAGAAUUGGCUUUCCCCACACCCGUUCUUUGCAUGAACGAGCAAAUUAAGGAUGAAGAUGAACCACAAAUGAUUCCUGCUAAGAGAAAAUCUUUGGCUGGAGAUCAUAAUGAAAUAACUGAGGGAUCCUCUUUAAUUUUUAGAGUUCCUUCUAAUGAAACGUUUCUGGACCCAUCUCAAAACUUGUCCGGCUCUCCCACUUUUAGUGUCUCACCUAGAAAUACAAAUUACAGUAGGAAAAGUGCCAGGACAUCAUCAUCAACAUCAGCUUCUCAUAAAAGCAUAAAAUCAGAUUUCAAACCUGAUUCAGGCAUAUUGAAUGUUUCAUUUUCUGGCUUCUUGAAUGAGGGUAAGAGUAGUAUUUCUUUCUUUCAUUCAAGCAAGGAUUCGCUUGCAGCAACUGAAAACCUGGCAGUAAGUCUUUGUCAAGGUCUUCAGGUGAUCAGUGGCCAGAAGCAUAAUUCAUCUCUAAGCAGUUCGUCGUUCAGGUUUUCAUCCAAACCUGUUGAUAUGAAGCCGCUAAUUAUCAUGGACAAGGUUGAUAUUGGCACACAAACGUUGUCUGAUGAAGAACCACACUGGGCUGACGAUGCUUCAGUGCUUCUAUGUGAUAACUGCAGGGGAAAAGCUCUGCCUCUUGAAAACAAUGAUGUCACCGAGAAAUCAGGAUUACAAAUAGCACUCAUUGAUGGUUCCCAAUCAUCCAAGAAGCCACGACCAACUGAACGAGGCAAGAAACAAGUGCCUAAGGCGAUGGAGAAAGUCCUUGCUGGUGCCAUCCGGCGGGAAAUGGCUCUUGAAGAUCGCUGUUCUAAGCAAGCAGCUGAGAUUAUGCAUCUCAAUAGAUUGAUCCAACAAUACAAGCAUGAGCGUGGGUGCAUAGAAAUAAUCGAGCAGGCUCAUGAGGACAAAAUCUCUCGAUUAGAGAGCCUAAUGGAUGGGGUUAUGCCAACUGAAGAGUUCAUGGAGAAGGAGCUUCUCGCCUUAAGGAAUGAAUACAUGAUACUUAAAGAGAAAUAUGAGAAUCAUCCUGAAGUAUUGCAGCUAAAUAUUGAGCUAAAAAAGGUUCAGAAUGAGCUCGAUGAUUAUCGAAACUUCUUUGAUAUGGGUGAGAAGGACGUAUUGCUGGAGGAAAUUCAAGAUUUAAGGCAGUACUUACAGUGCUGCGUCGACUCUUCUUACACGUCCAACCAUCCCUUGCUCGAGUUGGCACACUCAAUGGGGCCCGCGUUGGCUCCUCUUAGUAAGAUAUCAGAUACGAAAGAUGUAACUUUUGAUGAAAAUAUUGAACUGAAGAGAAGGAACUGGACAGACUUAGAGAAGAAAUGGAUCUCUUCAUAUAAAGAGCUAAAAAUAGAACUUGAAGCUUGUCAGUCUCUUGCUGAGAAGCUGACAAUGGAUCUCGAAUCUGAGAAGAAAUGCUCGCAAGAACUUAAGGAGGCACUUCAGACAGCACUGCAGGUUCAUACUAAGACCUUGGAACACUAUGCAGAUCUUGAAGAGAAACACAUGGCCUUGCUUCAAAGGCAUCGGAAAAUGAGGGAGGGAAUUCUUAACGUGAAGAAAGUAGCAGCAAGUGUAGGUGUAAGACGUGAUUCAAAAUUUGUUGAAUCUAUGUCUGCUCAAAUUGAAGCUCUCAGGGAAGAGAGACAAAAGGAGAGGAUGUAUUGGAGGGAUGAAAAUAAAGGUCUCCAGACACAACUUAGGGAUACUGCUGAGGCUGUACUGGCUGCUGGAGAGCUUCUCACACGCUUGAAUGAAACUGAAGCUGCUGCUGCUAAUGCAAAGAAAAGUGCUUUAUUUGCAGAAAGAAAAACUGAGAAGGCCUAUCAGGAGAUUGAUGAAAUAAAGAAAAAGUAUGAGUCACAAAUUGCUACACUAAAACAGUUACUAGUGGAAUCACACUCGACGAAAGAAGGGCGAGUUGAUGAAUUUUCUUCUGGAACUGGACACAAUUCUUGGCUUUAUGGCUAUGACCAGUGCAACAUAUAACUAGUUCAGGUUUUUGGUCCCCUAUUGCCAAGUUGGCUGAAAAUGAUUUGUGAAAAGCUUAGAGAAGAUUUUAAUGGCCUGGAGAAGAAUUAGAAAUGCUAUUUUGGGAUUAUAAGGGAUAGCAGGGGGGACAAGAAUUCAAAUAUAUGUCUCAUACACUCUCAGUUCUCUCCUACUGACAUUGAAAUUUAAUGUGGACUGCCCAACAGCAAUUUUCAUUCCUUAUGGUUUACAGAAGAAGAAUCUAAUUGUUUUUUUUUUUUUUCUUCAUGUGGUUUUGUCCUCCUGAUAAUAGGUACUACAGCUUGUGGGCCACUGCUAGUUCUUCAUUAAUUGAAUGGUAGUAGAUUAGAAGUCUUUUGUUUUAUUGAUAAGUAGGUCCCCCAAUUUUUU